UAUCUCUACCGCAAGAGUCAGGAGCACAGGCUGGCUCAGAUGCAUGCUCGCAAGGAGAGAGUGGCACACUAUCUUGACACUGAGAAGAUGCUGCCAGGAGACGUGCGCAAUCUGGCAGCAAAGGUGAUGCAGUCAGCACAGUGGGAUGAUGAAGGCCCCGCGCUAGCCGGCCUCAUGGGUGUGGAUCACGGCGGGGCGCCCUCAGACAUUGAUGACGAGUACAGACACGCUGGCGUCGACGAUCCUAAAAUAUUCAUCACAACCUCACACAAUCCUUCAUCUAGACUCAAAAUGUUUGCUAAAGAAAUGAAGCUCAUCAUCCCCAACAGUGAAAGAAUGAAUCGCGGUAGUUUUGAUGUUAAAUCUUUAUUAUCAAGUGCGAAGAGCAACGGCUUCACUGAUGUUGUUAUCCUGCACGAGACCAGAGGCCGGCCUGACCACAUGGUGGUAAGCCACUUGCCCAACGGCCCGACUGCGUACUACACUCUGAUGGACGUGAAGCUCCGCCACGACAUCCCCGACUGCGGCACCAUGUCCGAGGCCUACCCCCACCUCAUCUUCCACAACUUCAACACGCGCCUUGCCAAGAGGAUUCAAAGUACCUUGAAGUAUUUAUUCCCGGUACCGAAGCUGGAGUCAGUUCGCAGUCUAUCGUUCAUCAACCAUUCAGACUUCAUCAUCUUCAGACAUCACGUGGCCAAUAAGGGCGAGAAAGGCAUGUUCGACAGCCUCACCGAAGUGGGCCCGCAGUUUACUAUGCUAUGUCAUAAAAUCAUCCGAGGCACAGUUGACGAGGAGAAAGCGGCAGACGUGGAGUUCGUGUUGCGGCCGUACCUCAACACGGCCCACAAGAGGCUGCUGCUCUCCAAGGACAUGCCUUGGAAGACUGACGAUGACGUCGCCAGAGUGGACAGAGAAACAGACAUGGCCAAGUGAUCGUGUCUGUAAUAAAUCGCUUACGAGA